AACCAAAAAGAAACGUUUCUGUCACUGAGUGUAGCACCUGUUCUUCUUGCCUUGUUCUUAUUCCUAUUCAGUGCAAUUUGCAAAGAAGAAAAGUAGAAAACAACACCUAAAUACACUGGACAAGAACGUUUCUUGCUCCUCAGUAGACAAUAAUUUUCAUCUAUGGUGUGUUUCUUCUUUCAUUUUCUGCCCAGGGUAAUUGACACCGAUGCACUUUGUGACUUAUUUAUGUUUGGCUCUGCAUUCCCCUCUUAAUCUUUCAAUAUUGUUUGAAGUGUCGUCAAAUAGUGAAGGAGUUUUUUUUUCUAGAUAAGUAUAAAUGUUUGGCAACAAGGUACUUCUAACCUACAAAAGAAAACGGAGAUCUCAAAGUGGCAGUUUCAUCCAUGGAAAUCGUUGCCAAAAUUCAGUUUGUGAAGAUUCCCAUGAUUGUUCUUCAGCUAAACGCGUUAAACACAACAAGCUAACUGAUGAGAAUACAUCAGAAAAACAUGAAGAAAAGUCGAUGGAUACAAGUGAUGGAAAAAAGCUGUGCUUUGGAAGCAUCAAACAGCCAAAUGAGUCAUCAACACUUCCGGUUCAAAAGUCAGGUGACCUGGAAGCAGGGCAGCUUGGAAAUCAUGAUGAAACAGAGAGGGUAGUUACUAUGAAGGAAUCAUCUUCAACGAGUCAUCCAUGUGAGGAUAACUCGAAGAAGGAUGUUGAUGAAUUACCCCUAAUAAUGAAGCCUUCACAGAAUGAUUGCGACACACAGAAAAAUUCUUCGGGAGGUGAAAACUCUGGCAUUGAAUGUGACGAUGGUUCUAAUAAAAACAAUAUUCCACCCUCAGUUGAAUUGAAUGCUAGGAAUGAUUUCAAUGUAAUCAACUCAGAAGCAUCAAUUACAAGAGAAAUCAGUGCGGCAUGUGGUGAUGAAUCUCUUGUUUUGAAUAAGUCAACAGAUAGAUUUACUGCGUCACCCUCCAAAGAUAAUUUCGGGAAUCAAUCUGAACAUAAGGUAACAAAGACCAACUUAAACAGACCAUUAAUAACCUAUCAAUGUUACAAAAGAAAAAAGUGUAUGAAUGGAACUGAUAAGAAAAGCAAUUCAUUGCACGAGAAGGAAAACAUUCCAGUUCUAGCCAAGUGGAGCAUGCUUGGAAAUGCUAAUCCCUCUUCUAGCGACGGAUCAUCUUGUGACGAGUGUCCCGUAAACAAUGUACCUGACCUUAAUCAAACUCAGACACAAGAUGAUACAUCUUCUAGAAGCUGUUCUAGGAUUUUUCCAACAGACCUUAAUCUAUCGGCAGAGCUUUCUGAAAGAGGGGAGCUUCAUCAGACUCGAGAAAAGGUAUGGCUGGUGAGAAAUGCUGACACUCCAUGUACUAGUGGAGUUGUUUCUGAAACCUGUAUGGCACACGUGGGAGAGCAACUGCAUCAUGGAGAAGACAUAGUGAAAACCAACUCUCACAUGGCUGGAACAGAAGUUCCAAGCCAGAGUUCUCUGGUGCACAAGGAAGUCCUCCAUCUUGAUAAGGAUUGCCAAGGAAUCUCUAUCAUUAUUGAUUCUAGAGAUCUCUGUCCUGGUUCUGCAACUGCUGACCAAGAACUUGAGGAGUUCCAACCCUCUGUGAAAGAAGCUAUUCAAAAUGUUAUGUGCAAUGACAUGAAGAAAAGUGGAGGGCACCAACCUCAGAGUAGUGACCUGCCCCCUAAUUUUGCAGAAGAGCACACUGUUGAAUUGAACCUUGGUGCUGACAAGGAUUCCCUUCACUUGGGGACGAAAACACUUGUAGCCAAAUCUGACUCUACAAGCAGUAGAUCUGCCAUUGUCGAAAAUCAAGUAACUCAGCUGGAAUUUUUAAGCUCUAGCAAUACAAAGCUGAGUUCAGAAGGAAAGACUAUUGAUGAUGUCUGUUCAAGUAUUACUCAAUCUCAAUCAGGUGGUUGCAUGAUGUUGGAUGAAAGAACGAAUGUUCAACAAACUAAAACUAAUCAACUAAAGCACAUGCCAAUCGUUUCUCUUUCUUUGGGUUUGUCUCUACCCACUGAGCUUGAAACUGGAGGUUGUGAUUCCUCUAACUGUUUGCCUACAUUGCCUCUUUUUAAUUUAACCGCUGGAACUAGAGAUAUUGUCCAAGAUGGAUUAUGUCACUCUUCAACAAACCGGAAACCAUUGCUUCUCAGGCACAAGGCAGUGCUUGACAACAUCGUAAGCAAAACAAGAGCCUUAAAUGAAAGAGGCAACUUUCAAGAAAAUCUCAAGCCACGCGGUAUAAUGUGGUCUGAAGAGGAAUUGGAUUUUCUCUGGAUUGGUGUGAGGAGGCACGGCAGGGGCAAUUGGGAUGCUAUGCUUAGGGAUCCAAGAUUGCGGUUUUCACCAUUUAGGAAACCAUGGGACCUUGCUGAGAGGUGGGAGGAGGAACAAUCAAAACUUCUGAAAGACAUCAGUGUUCCAAACUUCAUGCAUCCAAAUGCAGAGAGGGCGGCGGCAGAAGCAGCAUUGCAAGGAAACUUUUACUUCAUAGAUCCCAAAUCAGGUCCUUGGAGACAAAAUCCAAUAGAGGAAACUAAUCUAUCACGUGAAGAUGUAUUUUCUUAUAAGGAAAGCAACCACUUGAAUAAAUCUCUUGCAUAUUCAUUUCUAAGUAACCCCGCAGCACGCGGUCCUGCGCCAAUGAUUCAUUCCAGAAGAACUUCUUACAACAGCAACAUAGAUAAGUAUGAACUGGGAUUUUUCAAUUCUCCAGGAAGCUUGAGUAUUUCCAAGGAAAAUUCUUAUUCGGAUGAUUACCCAUUUAAUUGUUCAAAUGCAAAGAAUAAUUUGCCACGCUGGCUUAGAGAAGCAAUCAAUACUCCUCCAAUGUCCAGAGAGCCAAAUCCGUCUGCAGAUCAUUGCUUUGAUGCUGGUGGUAGUAAGUCAUGCUUUCUGCCUCAAAGUCAGUCGAGUGCUUUGAAGACAAAUGAUGUACACAUAUCAAAUGCUUCUCACUCGUCGACCUACUCAAGAAGAAAAUACGGGAUGCUGAAAAUGAACAAGUCUCUGGAACAUCAUGCAAGAAAACAAGAUGACUUGAUUGUUAUUGAUAGCGACACGUCUUCUGAAGAGACUGUAUCUGACGAUCACCGUGCCAGCAUGAAGAUUUGAAAUAAUGUAUUCUCUGUUAGAUAAUCCUUGGUCAAAACAUGUAGUGAGCUGUAGAAAAUAUUCCUUGGUUUCUAGAUUACCAAUUUUUAAACGUAUGACCUGUUGUGACUUUAUGCUAAUGAAUGUUGAUUUUACAUGUAACUCAAUCUUUAAGGACUACUGUUAUCUAUAUGUCCUUUUUUUCA